UACCAGCACAUCCGCAUGUACGACCUCAACUCCAACAACCCCAACCCCGUCAUCAACUACGACGGCGUCAGCAAGAACAUCACCUCGGUGGGCUUCCACGAGGACGGCCGCUGGAUGUACACGGGUGGGGAGGACUGCAUGGCCCGGAUCUGGGACCUGAGGUCUCGUAACCUCCAGUGUCAGCGGAUUUUCCAGGUGAACGCUCCCAUCAACUGCGUCUGCCUGCACCCCAACCAGGCAGAGCUGAUUGUGGGUGAUCAGAGCGGGGCCAUUCACAUCUGGGACCUGAAGACCGACCACAACGAGCAGCUGAUUCCAGAGCCCGAAGUCUCCGUCAAUUCGGUUCACAUCGACCCCGAUGCCAGCUACAUGGCGGCUGUCAACAGCUCGGGAAACUGCUACGUCUGGAACCUGACGGGCGGCAUCGGGGAGGAGGUGACGCAGCUGAUCCCCAAGACCAAGAUCCCGGCGCACAACCGCUACGCCCUGCAGUGCAAGUUCAGCCCCGACUCCACGCUUUUGGCUACGUGUUCUGCAGAUCAGACCUGCAAGAUCUGGAGGACCUCAAACUUCGCCCUGAUGACCGAGCUGAGCAUUAAGAGCAAUAACCCAGGGGAAACGUCCCGGGGCUGGAUGUGGGACUGCGCCUUCUCCGGGGACUCGCAGUACAUCGUCACGGCCUCCUCCGAUAACUUGGCCAGACUUUGGUGUGUGGAGACGGGGGAGAUCAAGAGGGAAUACAGCGGCCACCAGAAAGCGGUCGUCUGCCUGGCUUUCAACGACAGCGUCCUGGGGUGA